AUGACGCUCAGGAAGCGGCGGCGCGCGGCCACGUUGCUGGCCGCGCUCGCUGCCACGAGCAGCGCAUUCGUCACCGCGCCGCGACGGCCGCAAAAACUGCCGCCGACGAUGAUCGGUGGCCGCGCCGCCGCGGCCGCGUCGGGCCUGCGGCGGCGCCUCGUGCCCUGGCGACGAAACACCGCGCCGCGAACCACCGCGCCGCGCGCCGCCGCCGCUAGUAACGAGCGGCCGCGGCGAAAACGCCGCAAAGCCGCCGCCGCGGCCCUCGCGGCCCUUUCCGCAUUGUGGUGCUUUAGAGGAACGGCAGCAGCCGCGACGGUCGAAGGAGCAAAAACGUUAAUCGAGAAGACGGCGUCGGACGUGGGGUUAGGUGAAUCUUUGAAGGCUCUGGCUAUCGCCGGGCCGCGACGCGACGCCCUCGCAUUACUACUCGCGACGGCGACAGUAGUGCCACUGGCCAAACUUGUCGGUUUAUCACCGAUCCUGGGCUUCCUGGCGACGGGCGUCUACCUGGGACCGUCGGGGCGGAACUUCAUCUCGAGUAUGCACCAGACGGAAAUCCUCGGAGAGUUAGGAGUGGUCUUCUUCCUGUUCGAGAUGGGUUUGGAAUUGUCCGUAGCGAAGAUCGGCGCCAUGCGGACCGAGAUUUUUGGAUUAGGCUUGGCCCAGUUCCUGGCUACUACGGCGGUGCUCGCCAAGGGCGCGCAGGUUGUCGGUAAUUGUGUAGCGUCGCCCUUCUCCACGCCGGCGUCCAUCGCCGUCGGCGGUGCCCUAGCUUUAUCUUCGUCGGCCUUCGUGCUGCAGCUCCUCAAAGAUAAUGAAGAUUCAGGGACUUCUCACGGCCGCGCGUCGCUCGGUGUCCUCCUACUCCAGGACUUGGCGGUCGUGCCUCUCCUCGUACUCGUACCGUUGUUGGCGUCGGGCGACGGUGGUCUCAAAUUAGCAGGAGCAUUAGCUGCAUCAUUAGGCAAAGCCGUCUUCGCGGUCGCCUCGGUCGAGGUCGUCGGAAAGCGCCUGUGCAACAUGUUGUUUGAUAGGGCCAAGCGCUCUAGAUCGCAAGAAGCCUUCUUAUCUGUCGUUUUGCUGAGUGUGCUCGGCAUCUCAGCUUUUACGGAGGCUGUCGGACUCAGCGCGACUCUCGGAGCCUUCCUGGCCGGUGUCUCGCUCGCGGAGACGGCCUACGCCAAUCAAGUCGAGGCGUCCGUGGCGCCGUUACGAGGGCUGUUACUGGGAUUGUUCUUCGUUACUGUAGGAUUCAGCAUAGACGUCUCAUUGUUAGCGGCACAGCCUCUAAGGAUGUUGGGACUAGCUGGAGGACUAGUAGCCUUGAAAGCCGUCACGCUAACAGCUCUAGGCAAACUCCUGAAACUGUCGACACCAACAGCUUUAAGGACAGGUGCUCUAUGUGCCCAGAGCGGCGAAUUCGCGUUUGUGGCCUUUGGCCUCGCAAAAAAACUUAAUCUGAUCAGUGCGGGCCAGAAUCGGGUCCUGUUGACGACCGUGGCCAUGUCCAUGGCCGCGACGCCCUUUGUGGCCCAGCUGGGAGAUACGAUCGCCAAGUCACAAGCCUCGCCGGUCGCAGAUAACUCGACGGCAGACCUGGACCGGUUCCGGGAUGCUGUUUUGAACGUACCUACUUCUGCGGAUGACGAGUUCGCCCAGGAUCUGGCGAGACGAGUGAAGAUGAAGGACGUCGUCGUCGUGUUGGGGUAUGGAGCUAUAGGUAAGGUAGUUUGUGAGAUGCUGGACGCUAAAUUAACGAGGUACGUCGUCCUCGAGAAGGACGCGCAGAAGGCGGAGCAGGCGCGCUCGGCGGGUAGGCCCGUGUUCCAGGGUGAUGCGACGGACGCGGACGUCCUUGAUUCGUACAUGGCGGGCGACGCUCGACUUGUGGUCGCUGCCAUCGCCGAUGCGAGGGCGUGUACGGCCGCCGUCGUCGCUCUGAAGCGGAAGAACGCGCGAUUGCCCAUCCUGGCGCGGGCGGCGGACGCGCAGCACCGACGACGACUGGCAAGGUUGCCGAACGUCCAAGCGGUCGUCCCGACCAUACAAAGCGACUCGAAACUACUCUCGCUACCGUUCGGCGGCGCCGUUUUGAGGGGCCUAGGCUUCAGAGCGGAUGACGUCGAUAUGCUCAUCGAGGAGAACCGGCGGACGGCCCUCGGCUUCUUCGACGAGGGCGUGAGCACGCCGGCCAAGCCCAAGAAGGCUCCGGAGAAGGAGCCCGCGCCGGUGGAGGAGGCCGUGGCCGAGGAGGAACCCGAGGAGGAGGAGGAGCCCGUGCAGGACGAGCCGAAGAGCCUCAUGGAGGAGGUCGGCGUCGAGGAGACGGUCGUGCGAGAGGAGCCCAAGAACGCUACUGUCGUCGCGGAGGAUCCGGAGCCGGAGCCCGUCGUGGAGGCGCCGGUGGAGAAGAAGCCCGGUUCCCUCGAGGCGCAACGCGCGGCGCUGUCGACGAUCGCGGAGCUGCAGCGCGAGGCGUUCUUCGCGGCCGACGCUCGGGCUGAAGAGCUGCUGGAUGCGAACUCGACGGUCCUGAACGCGACGCGCGCGGUCAUCGAAACCUCGGAGAUCCUCGCGGGACUCGACGACGACCAGUGCACGGUCAUGAGCAAUGGCGAUAGUGCUGAGAACGCUACCGAGCUCGCCGAAUUCAUCGAGGAGGAGGUCGCGGCGACGGAUAGGUGAUAUUAAGUUUAAAUAGUUAUA